AUGCCCGAUGGUGGCUUGCAAGAUAUGGAACAGUCGCCACACUACUGUGAUCAGUGCAGACUCUACAAGAGAGGUCACUGUGCUGAUCAGCAGUACCUCCUAGGCCAGAACAUCCUUGUUGGUCCUGAGCUGCAGGUGCCUUCUUGGUAUUUGUCCCGGGUCUUCCAGUCUCGGCGCAAUCAUGAGCCAAUGGGUUUGGUCUGCUCCUUGGGCCAAUUGCGUUCUGGUAGUGAGGUGAACCCUUCCUUGGCUCCUCCUAAGUUGCCACUUUUUGGUCCUACUGGUGGUGUCCUAGAUUUGGGUACCUUUGGUCCUGUUGUCUUUCAGGCUAGUCCUCCUGGUUCUGUUCGGUCUGGUGGUGGCUUAGUGGCUUCUAGUGAUAGCUCAGUGGCUUCUGGUGGUGGCUCAGUUGCAGUUCCUGGUGGCUUGCGUCGUUCUGGUCGUUUGGCUGGUGCUCGUGUUCGUCCUUUGGUAGAGACUGAUGAUGAGGUUGAGUAUGCUGAAGAGGUAGAUGAGCUGGCUAGUGAUGAAACUGACUACCAGCUCCGCCUUGGGUCCAUGUCACCUCUUGAGGGCUCCUUGGGUGCACCUGAGGUUACUACCACAGGGCAUACCCCUCCUACUCCCUUGGUGUCUCUGCCAAGCUCCCCUGGGUCUGCUCGUUCGGAUUCUAUGUCUCCUGUGACAUCGCCUGCAGUGGACCAUAUGGAGCAAUCACAAGACCCUAGGUCUCCUAGUGUUCACUAGCAACAGCAAUAGCAAAAUCCAGGUAUCCCUCCCCCUCCACAUCAGGUGGACCUCUUCCCUGGUUUAUAGGAUCAAGAUCGUUUGGGUCGGCCCUUAGUGGUCCUGAUGCUGCCACCUGGUAUGCCGUAUCGCCUGUCUUGGGUCGAUGAUGGUGUGGUUGAUGUAGCUCCUUUGUGAAGUCUAUCUUUAUAGUUUUGAAUAAAAACUUGACAAUUGUCCAAGUUCUUGAGUGGUUCCCAUGUAGCAUCAUGAAUUGGAUAGCCUAACCAUUUGACUAGAUACUCGAUGCG